AUGGCAGCGCGGAAGCGGAAGGCGCGGGCGAUGGCGGCGGGCGGCGCGGCGCUGUGGCGGCGGCUCUCGGCCUGGCUGCCGCGGGGCCGCCUCGGCCUGGCCGCGCUGCUCGGCCGCCUCUCCGACCGCCUCUCCCGCGGCCGCGACCGCGGCGCCCGCAGAUCAUCAUGGCUCCUUCUAGCACCACUACUCACUCCUCCUGUUCCAGUGAUCACAGCUCCACCAUGUUCCCUCUGUCCAGAGGGAGCACACAGGUUCCAGUGGAUCAGGAAUCUGGUCCCAGAGUUCGGGAUCUCCAGCUCACAUGUCAAGGUGCUUUCGUCCCCGGCGGAAUUCUAUGAACUCCUGAAGGUGCAGAUAAAAGCAGCCAAGCAGCGGGUGGUGAUGGCCUCACUGUACCUGGGAACAGGACUCCUUGAGCAGGAGCUGGUGUAUUGCUUAGAAGAAACACUGGAGAAAUCACUGCAAGCAAAAGGCUCACCUGACCUCAGAGUUUCCAUUCUGCUCGACUACACCAGGGGUUCCCGGGGCAGGAAGAACUCUCGAACAAUGCUGAUCCCGUUGCUGCAGCGAUUUCCUGAUCAAGUCCGCGUGUCCCUGUUCCACACCCCAAACCUGCGUGGGCUCCUCCGGCUGCUGAUUCCAGAGCGUUUCAACGAGACCAUUGGGCUGCAGCACAUCAAGGUCUAUCUCUUUGAUGACAAUGUGAUCCUGAGCGGUGCAAACCUGAGUGAUCUGUACUUCACCAAUCGUCAGGACCGCUAUGUCCUGCUGCGGGACUCUCCCGAGAUCGCGGACUUCUUCACGGAGCUUGUGGAUGCCAUUGGAGACGUGUCCCUGCAGCUACAGCAGGAUGAUACAGUCCAGAUGAUGGAAGGAAUGGUACACCCAUACCAGGGAGACAAAGUGGCUUACUGUGAGAUUGCCAACCGAAGGGUCAUGGAGGUCAUCAACUCUGCCCGCUCGCGGCAGGAGCGCCUUCAUGCAAAGACUUUCCACAGCAGCCAGCCAGGCAGCUCCCUCUUAUCCCAGCAAGGCCCUCAAGCAUCUGGGGAUCUGAAACCAGAGCCUGACACCUGGAUCUAUCCCUUAAUCCAAAUGAAACCCUUUGGGAUUCAAAUAGACGAGAUGGUCACAGAGACACUGCUGACAGAGGCUGAGCGGGACGCCAGGGUUUACCUCACCACUGGCUACUUCAACCUGACACAGGCCUACAUGGACCUCAUCCUGGGCACAAGGGCUGAGUACCGGAUCCUCCUGGCCUCGCCGGAGGUCAAUGGGUUUUUUGGUGCCAAAGGGGUGGCAGGGGCCAUCCCUGCUGCCUAUGUUUACAUUGAGCAUCAGUUUUACAGUGAGGUCUGCUACCUGCAGCAGCAGGAGAGGGUGCAGCUGCAGGAGUACUCCCGUGCUGGGUGGACGUUCCAUGCCAAAGGCCUGUGGCUGUACCUGGCAGGGAGCGACCUGCCCUGCCUGACCCUGAUUGGCUCUCCAAAUUUCGGAUAUCGAUCAGUCCAUCGCGACUUGGAAGCUCAGGUUGCGAUAGUGACAGAGAAUAAAGCCUUGCAGCAGCAGCUGCAUCAGGAGCAGGAGCAGCUUUACCUCUGCUCAGGUGUGGUCUCAACAUCAACGUUUGAGCAGCCAAAUCGUUAUGUGAAACUGUGGGUGAAGCUGGUGACACCUCUGAUCAAGAAUUUCUUUUGAAAGAACAAAAAUUGCUGCUUUGAGUUGAAGGUCCAGACGUAGGUGGGGCCUCGCAUCCGUGUCUUGUAGACGGGACAUUCGUAGACGUUGGUGGUGUCCAUGCGGUCCACGG